CUGCUACUCUCGCCUACUCCCACGCAGGGUCGUGCUGCUCAGAGACAGAGGGACUGACAGGCAGGGAGAGACAUCGCUCGGGAACAUUCAGCUUGCAUGGACACACAACGCCAAACACGAGUGGACAGACUUUUCCAGGCGCACGUCAUCAAGAAAGAGAGAGAGAGAGAGAGAGAGAGAGAGAGAGAGAGAGAGAGCAUCACAAUAGAGCUGAGCCUGUAGUGCUGCCCUGACUCUAUGGCUCCGUGGGAGGAUGAGACGCUGUUGGUGAGGAGAGAGAGCUCACGCAGCCAGCUCUCCAGUGGCAGUCCUGGGCUCUGGGUGCACCUGUACCUGGUCCCCUCGGUGCACGGAGAGUCAGCCAUCCGCUUCACCUCAGGGGAAUUCUCAGCGGAGGACAUCUGCGUUGCCGCAGCCAAGGAAUGUGGGAUCCUCCCGGUGUACCACAGUCUGUUCUCCCUGGCUUCCGAAGACCUCUCCUAUUGGUUCCCACCCAACCACAUCUUCAUUGUGGGCGAGUCCACAAGCAUCACUCUGCUGUACAGAGUCAGGUUUUUCUUUCCGAACUGGUUCGGCCAGGGGAGCAGGAAGUCAUAUCGCUAUGGACUGGCAAAGAGCAGGAUCAGCUCUGUACUGGAUUACUGUGCCAUUGACUUUCUAUUUGCUCAGUCUCGCAGUGACUUCGUGCUCGGCCAGGCGGGGGUCAGGCCCAGCCUCAAGUUGCAGGAGGAGUGUCUGGGGAUAGCCAUGCUGGACCUGUUGAGAAUCGCCAAGGAGCGCAACCAGAGACUAAAGGACGUCUGCAAGAAAGUCAGCUACAAGUCUUGCCUGCCAGCGGAGCACAAGCAAGCGAUCCAGAGUCUGGACCGGCUGACGCGGUACCGCAUUAGAAAGCUGCUCAAGCAGGUGCUGCAUAAACUGGUCCGGUGCCAGGCUGACGGGCACAGUCUGAAGCUGAAGUACCUGCUGGAUCUGGCAGCGGUGGAGCCCUCCUUCGGCACAGAGCUGUUCCGGGUCCGAGAUCCUGCCUGGCCGCAGCAGGGAGAGGACUCAGCGUUCCAGCUCAUCCGGGUCUCCGGGGAGAGCGGGAUACAGUGGAGCACCGGGGAUGGCCAGGACUGGCAGACGUUCUGUGAUUUCCCAGAGAUUAUUGACAUCAGCAUCAAGCAGACAAGCCGUGACAAAGUGCCUCCGGGGAGCCGAGUCGUCACAGUGUCCCGCCAGGACAGCCGGCUACUGGAGGCGGAGUUCCAGACUCUGAGAGAGGCUCUGUCCUUUGUCUCGCUCAUCGACGGCUACUUCAGGCUCACCACUGACUCCACCCACUAUUUCUGCGACGAGGUAGCCCCGCCCAGCCUGCUGCAGGACCUGGAGAGCUCCUGUCACGGACCAAUCACGUCCGAAUUUGCUGUUCACAAGCUGAAGCGGGCUGGGGCCUGCAGUGGCAUGUACCUGCUCCGACACAGUCCCAAAGACUUCGACAAGUAUUUCAUUACCAUCUGUGUGGAGACACCACUGGGGAUGGAUUAUAAGGACUGUCUGGUGCUGAAGGGGACAGAUUUCUGCCUCUCUGGGCUCCAGCGUCACUUCUGCAGCCUCAGGGAGCUGCUGGCCUAUUACCAGCACAGCGGGCUGCUCCUAGCAGGGUUCCCUACAGAGCUGGGACCCUGCUGCCCACCCAGACCCAAAGAGCUCACCAACCUGGUGAUUAUACGCAGCAACUGCUCUGCAGAGACACUGGCCUCACCCCUGGUGCAGCACCCUCACGCCAGCCACGUGCAGUUCCACAUGAUCAAGCACGAGGAUCUGAAAUGGGGAGAUAGCCUGGGACAGGGCUCCUUCACCAAGAUCUUUAAGGGUUCCAUGACGGACAGUGUUGAGGGGGAGAGCCACGUGACAGAGGUCCUUCUCAAACUCCUGGAGAGUACCCACAAGAACUGCUGGGAGUCGUUCUUCGAGGCAGCCAGUGUGAUGAGCCAGGUCUCCCACAAGCAUCUGCUGCUGGUGUACGGGAUCAGCAUUCAUGGCUCUAAGAACAUCAUGGUGCAGGAGUUUGUGAAGCAUGGGGCGCUGGACCUGUUUCUGAAGAAAAGAAGGGGCUCCAUUUCGGUCAGCUGGAAACUGGAUGUGGCCAAACAGCUGGCCUGUGCACUCAACUUCCUGGAGGAUAAGAACAUCAUUCACGGGAAUAUCUGCGCCAAAAACCUGCUGCUGGCGAGGGAGGGAGACACGGCCACUGGCAGCCCCCCCUUCAUCAAGCUGAGUGACCCAGGAAUCAGCACAGCCAUCCUGGACAGAGAAGUGGUGCUGGAUCGGAUCCCAUGGGUGGCUCCUGAGCUUGUGCUGGUAGCCCCUAAUCGCCUGGCUCUGGAGUCGGACAAGUGGAGCUUCGGGACCACGUUGUGGGAGAUCUUCAACGGAGGCGAGGUGCCACUGCUCGGACGUGAACCCCAGCAGAAGCUGCAGUUCUACAUUAACCAGCAGCAGCUUCCCACUCUGAAGUGGACUGAACUGGCCGAUCUGAUCACCCAGUGCAUGGAUUACCAGCCUGGACUGCGACCAUCCUUCCGAGGGAUCAUCAGGCAGCUCAACAGCCUCAUCACCUCAGAUUACGAGCUCCUGUGUGACCUGCGCCCCAGUGCUGUCCCCGAGAAGGACACCUUCUGGAGGUGUCUGAACGUCACCGACCGACAGGAACCCACACUGUACGAGGAGCGGCACCUGCGUUAUAUAUACCGUCUGGGAAAGGGGAACUUUGGCAGCGUGGAGCUGUGCCGCUACGACCCCUUGGCUGAUAACACAGGGGAGCUGGUCGCAGUCAAGAAGCUGCAGCAAAGCAAGCGGGAGCAUCUGGCCGACUUUGAGAAGGAGAUCGGAAUCAUGAAGUCCCUCCACAAUGACUACAUCGUCAAGUACAAGGGCGUCUGUUACAGCAUGGGCAGACAGAACCUGAGGCUGGUGAUGGAAUAUCUGCCUAAUGGAAACCUGCCGGGAUACCUGGAAAAGAACCGGGAGCGCGUUGACAGCAAGAGGCUUCUUCUGUAUGCAUCGCAGAUCAGCAAGGGGAUGGAGUACCUGCAGAUGAUGAGACAUGUGCACAGAGACCUGGCUGCGAGGAACAUCCUAGUCGCGAGCGACACACUCGUCAAAAUCUCAGAUUUUGGGCUCACCAAGAUCCUCCAAGUCGAAAAGGAGUAUUACCGAGUGAAGGAACCGGGAGAGAGCCCCAUCUUCUGGUAUGCCCCCGAGUCUCUGCAGGAGUGCAAGUUCUCGCCCAAGUCGGACGUGUGGAGUUUCGGAGUGGUUCUGCAUGAGCUCUUCUCCUACUGCGAACGGGUCUGGAGCCCAACGCAGUUAUGCCUUCAGCAGAUUGGGAGAGAAAAACAAGGACCCACCAUCUUGCUGCACCUUUUCCACCUCCUGAAGAGCGAGUGGAGGCUGCCGGUCCCUGCAGACUGCCCCCCAAAGGUGCUCUGCGUUAUGCGAAGGUGCUGGUCCUACAACGCUGAUGAGAGGCCCAGCUUCACCCAACUGGAUGCUCAAAUUGAGGCUCUUCGGGAGGAAAGAGAAGACCCCCAAGAAUGAAUGUAACGGCCCCUGCCUUUGCAGAAUGUUGUGAAAGUAUUUUGACCUGAAACAACCUCUAUCCAAGUAAAAGGUUGCAUGUCUGUUGAAGUGAUUCAGCUCUAAAUCUGAUAGCAUCAUGAACACGACAAAGAUUCAUUUCCAUGCCAUGAUGUAACUAUCUUGGAAAAAGAAAAUCAACAAACCAGACAGGCAAGAGAAGGACUAAAAAUCUUGCUUUGUUAGAUUGAAAAUUUGCCAUAAACCACCAACCCCAAAACCCCAUUUGCUAGCUAUUGAGAGAUCUAUGAGCAACAAUGAGUUGCAAGUGACCAUUGGUUUAAUUAGUUGCUUAUUCAUGGUAAUGUUAGGGUUUAUUUGAAUGUAAUAGUAUGUGGGCGUUCAUUUGUAAUCACAUUUCAAUUGCAGGCUCUAUUAUAUAGUGUUAUUGGAUGCCAAGCAGUGUGCAAUUACAAAAAUCUGUCUUGAAUUGAAAAUCUUCAAAAAUGUUAAAAUCUCAUUGAAUCUGCACUAUUAGAAACCAAGUAAAAAAUGAUAUAAAAUAUCAACAAAACAAGUAAAUAUGAACGGUCUUGUUUAUAGAAAAUGUGUUGCAUGUACCAUUAUGAACAUUUCCUAUUUUGUCAUUUUGCACCUUCCUUCUUUAAAAAGCUCUUUGCAACCAUUGCCUUUUGUGUCUUUUGAUUAACAAGCAAUGCAUCAUCUUAGCAAAACCAACAAUAAAAACAGCAA